GGAGUCAAGAGAAUUACCGCUUUCUGUGAAAAUGUCAGUUCUCAUAUCACAGAGUGUGAUAAAUUACGUAGAAGAAGAGAAUAUUCCUGCCCUGAAAGCUCUUCUUGAAAAAUGCAAAGAUGUAGAUGAGAGAAAUGAGAGCGGCCAGACCCCGCUGAUGAUCGCCGCCGAGCAGGGCAGCCUGGAGAUCGUGAAAGAGCUGGUGAAGAGCGGCGCCAACUGCAACCUCGAAGACUUGGACAACUGGACAGCCCUGCUGUCGGCCUCCAAGGAAGGCCACGUGCACGUGGUGGAGGAGCUGCUGCGGUGCGGCGCCGACCUGGAGCACCGCGACAUGGGAGGAUGGACAGCUCUGAUGUGGGCGUGUUACAAAGGCCGCACCGACGUGGUGGAAUUGCUGCUUUCUCACGGUGCCAACCCGAGCGUCACUGGUCUGUACGGUGUUUACCCCAUCAUCUGGGCGGCGGGGAGAGGCCACGCGGACAUCGUGCACCUCCUGCUGCAGAAUGGCGCGAAAGUCAACUGCUCCGACAAGUAUGGAACGACCCCGCUGGUGUGGGCCGCCCGGAAAGGCCAUCUGGAAUGUGUGAAGCAUUUGUUGGCCAUGGGAGCCGAUGUUGACCAAGAGGGGGCGAACUCAAUGACCGCGCUCAUCGUGGCAGUGAGAGGCGGCUACACCCAGUCGGUGAAGGAGAUCCUGAAGCGGAACCCCAACGUGAACCUGACCGACAAGGACGGCAACACGGCCCUGAUGAUCGCGUCGAAGGAGGGGCACACGGAGAUCGUGCAGGACCUGCUGGACGCCGGGACAUACGUGAACAUCCCUGACAGGAGCGGGGACACCGUCCUGAUUGGCGCCGUCAGAGGCGGUCAUGUGGAAAUCGUCCGUGCCCUGCUUCAGAAAUACGCUGACAUAGACAUCAGAGGACAGGACAACAAGACCGCUCUGUACUGGGCAGUGGAGAAAGGAAACGCAGCGAUGGUGCGAGACAUCCUGCAGUGCAACCCCGACACGGAGAUCUGCACCAAGGACGGUGAGACGCCGCUCAUAAAGGCCACCAAGAUGAGGAAUAUUGAAGUGGUCGAGCUGCUGCUAGAUAAAGGCGCGAAGGUCUCUGCCAUAGAUAAGAAAGGCGACACCCCGCUGCACAUCGCUAUUCGUGGGAGGAGCCGGAAACUGGCGGAACUUCUUCUACGAAAUCCCAAAGAUGGCCGGUUACUGUACAGGCCCAACAAGGCGGGCGAGACCCCCUACAACAUCGACUGCAGCCACCAGAAAAGCAUCUUGACGCAGAUAUUCGGAGCCAGACACCUGUCGCCCACCGAGACCGACGGCGACAUGCUGGGCUACGACCUGUACAGCAGCGCGCUGGCGGACAUCCUCAGCGAGCCCACCAUGCAGCCGCCCAUCUGCGUGGGGCUGUACGCGCAGUGGGGGAGCGGGAAGUCCUUCCUGCUCAAGAAGCUGGAAGAUGAGAUGAAGACUUUUGCGGGGCAACAGAUUGAGCCCCUUUUCCAGUUCUCGUGGCUCAUGGUGUUCCUGACCCUGCUGCUGUGCGGAGGGCUGGGGCUGCUGUUCGCCUUCGCCGUGGACCCGAAUCUCGGGAUCGCCGUGUCCCUGAGCGUCCUGGCUCUCCUGUACAUCUUCUUCAUUGUCAUUUACUUCGGGGGCCGGCGGGAAGGAGAGAGCUGGAACUGGGCCUGGGUGCUCAGCACGAGGCUGGCGAGACACAUCGGCUACUUGGAGCUUCUGCUCAGACUGAUGUUUGUGAACCCGCCCGAGCUGCCGGAGCAGACCACGAAAGCGCUGCCUGUGAGGUUUUUGUUCACAGACUACAACAGGCUGUCUAGCGUCGGCGGGGAGACGUCGAUGGCCGAAAUGAUCGCCACCCUCUCGGAUGCUUGUGAACGAGAGUUUGGCUUCUUGGCAACCAGGCUAUUCCGAGUGUUCAAGACGGAAGAUACGCAGGGGAAAAAGAAAUGGAAGAAAACGUGUUGUCUCCCGUCCUUUGUGAUCUUCCUGUUCGUCUUCGGCUGCAUCAUCGCGGGGGUCACGCUCCUGGCUAUCUUCAGAGUGGACCCGAAGCACCUGACCGUCAACGCUGUCCUCAUAGCGAUCGCCUCCGUGGUGGGCCUGGCCUUCGUGCUCAACUGUCGGACGUGGUGGCAGGUGCUGGACUCGCUCCUGAAUUCGCAGAGGAAACGCCUCCACAGCGCCGCCUCCAAGCUGCACAAGCUCAAAAGCGAAGGCUUCAUGAAGGUUCUGAAGUGCGAGGCGGAACUGAUGGCCAGGAUGGCAAAGACCAUUGACAGCUUCACUCAGAAUCAGACAAGGCUGGUGGUCAUCAUCGACGGACUGGAUGCCUGCGAGCAGGACCGCGUGCUCCAGAUGCUGGACACGGUCCGAGUGCUGUUUUCCAAAGGCCCGUUCAUCGCCAUUUUCGCAAGUGACCCGCACAUCAUCAUCAAGGCGAUAAACCAGAACCUCAACAGCGUGCUCCGGGACUCCAACAUCAACGGGCACGACUACAUGCGCAACAUCGUGCACCUGCCCGUGUUCCUCAACAGCCGGGGGCUGAGCAACGCCAGGAAGUUCCUCGUCACGUCAGCCACGAACGGGGACAUCCCGUGCUCGGAUGCUGCAGGGCUACAGGAAGAUGCUGACAGGAGAGUGUCACAGAACAGCCUUGGAGAGAUGACAAAACUCGGGAGCAAGACAGCCCUCAAUAGACGGGUACAGUGGCCUUGUUCGGAGGCAGCUCAGCUGCUGCCGUCUGGGCAGAACUGGCGAUUACUGAGAGCCAAUCAGAUCAGCUUCAACUGGGACAGACUGGCCAGCUGGAUCAACCUGACCGAGCAGUGGCCCUACAGGACGUCCUGGCUUAUCCUGUACCUGGAGGAGACGGAGGGCGUCCCAGACCAAAUGACACUGAAGACCAUCUAUGAGAGAAUAUCAAAGAACAUCCCCACAACAAAGGAUGUGGAGCCGUUGCUUGAAAUCGAUGGAGACAUACGGAACUUUGAGGUGUUUUUGUCUUCGCGGACCCCUGUUCUCGUGACUCGAGAUGUGAAGACCUUUCUGCCAUGUACCGUGAACCUAGACCCCAAGCUGCGGGAGAUUAUUGCAGACGUCCGUGCGGCGAGGGACCAGAUUAACAUCGGCGGCCUGGCGUACCCCCCGCUGCCGCUGCACGAAGCCCCCCCCAGACCGCCUUCUGGCUACAGCCAGCCGCCUUCCGUGUGCUCCUCGUCCGCUUCCUUCAGCGGGCCGUUCGCAGGCGGGGUCGUGUCCCCGCAGCCCCACAGCAGCUACUACAGCGGCAUGACGGGCCCCCAGCACCCCUUCUACAACAGGCCAUUCUUUGCCCCAUACCUUUACACGCCAAGGUAUUACCCUGGCGGUUCCCAACAUCUCAUCUCACGUCCAUCAGUAAAAUCGAAUUUGCCCAGAGAUCAGAGCAAUGGCCUACCGUGUGACUCUGGGUUUCACAGACAGAGACAGGGGUCAGGCUCGGCCUCGGGGCCAGCGGUGUCACUGAACUCCAUGAAUGUGGACGCGGUGUGUGAGAAGCUGAAGCAGAUAGAAGGCCUGGACCAGGGCAUGCUGCCCCAGUACUGCGCCACCAUCAAGAAGGCAAACAUAAAUGGUCGUGUGUUAGCCCAGUGCAACAUCGACGAACUGAAGAAAGAGAUGAACAUGAACUUUGGAGACUGGCACCUUUUCAGAAGCACGGUGCUCGAGAUGAGAAGCGCAGAAAACCAAGUGGCCCCUGAGGACCCACGUUUGCUCAACGAGAACAGCAGCGGCCCAGCCCCUCACGGCGAAGCUGCUCGCCACUCUUCGCACGAGUUGCCGCACACCGAGCUCUCCAGUCAGACUCCCUACACGCUGAACUUCAGCUUUGAAGAGCUGAACACGCUGGGCCUGGAUGAAGGGGCCCCGCGCCACAGCAACCUCAGCUGGCAGUCACAAACUCGCAGAACCCCAAGUCUUUCGAGUCUCAAUUCCCAGGAUUCCAGCAUUGAAAUCUCGAAGCUUACCGACAAGGUGCAGGCUGAGUACAGGGAUGCCUAUCGCGAGUACAUCGCUCAGAUGUCCCAGUUAGAAGGCGGCGCAGGCUCUGCGGCUGUGAGCGGCAGGUCUUCGCCACAUGGUGCAUUCUACAUGGGCCAGAGUUCGUCAGGGGGCUCCUUUCAUUCCAGCCUAGAGCCAGAAAAGGGGAAGGAUAGCGACCCAAAGCCAGAUGAUGGAAGGAAGUCGUUUUUAAUGAAGAGGGGAGAUGUCGUAGAUUAUCCCUCAUCGGGGGUUUCCACUAGUGAGGCCUCACCCCUGGAUCCUAUCACUGAAGAAGAUGAAAAGUCUGACCAGUCGGGCAGCAAGCUUCUGCCAGGCAAGAAGUCUUCAGAAAGGUCAAGCCUUUUCCAGACGGAUUUGAAGCUUAAGGGAGGUGGACUGCGCUACCAGAAACUUCCGAGUGAUGAAGAUGAGUCUGGGACCGAAGAAUCAGAUAACACUCCUCUGCUCAAAGAGGACAAGGACAGGAAAGCCGAGGGGAAGGUGGAAAGAGCGUCAAAGUCUCCAGAACACAGUGCUGAGCCGAUCCGAACCUUCAUCAAAGCCAAAGAGUACUUGUCCGACGCCCUCCUGGACAAGAAGGACUCCUCCGACUCAGGAGUGAGGUCCAACGAAAGUUCUCCCAAUCACUCUCUUCACAGCGAGGCAGCUGACGGCUCCCAGCUGGAGAAGGCAAACCUCAUAGAACUUGACGACGACAGCCGCUGUGGCAAGCGGGGAAUUCCACACAGCCUGAGUGGCCUGCAAGACCCUGGGAUAGCGCGCAUGUCCAUUUGUUCUGAAGACAAGAAGAGCCCUUCCGAAUGCAGCUUGACAGCGAGCAGCCCUGAGGAAAACUGGCCCGCGUGCCAGAAGGCCUACAACCUGAACCGCACACCCAGCACCAUGACGCUGAACAACAACAGCGCCCCAGCCAAUAGAGCCAAUCAGAAUUUCGACGAGAUGGAGGGCGUUAGGGACAUGCCCCCGGUCAUCUUGAGGCCCGGCUCCAGUGCCAACCCCCCUGCUAUUCAGAACGAAAACCUGAAAAGCAUGACGCAUAAACGGAGCCAGCGCUCCAGCCACACACGGCUCUCGAAGGCUUCUGCCGAGCUCCCCGCCGUCGCCUCUUCUGACAGCACAGGUUUUGGGGAGGAGAGAGAGAGCAUUCUUUAGGAAUGCCACGCCAGAGCAGGACAGCGUCACUGCACCACGGUGAUGCAUUCGGCCUGGGCUUGACGGUGCCUGACUGCGUGUCGGCUCUGGACAUCUCACCUCACGCGAUGAGGGAUCGGGAGGCCCCGGGGAGGGAGACACAGUGUCCAGCGAGAAGAGGGUGAGCACAGACGGCCAGCUGUCAGCACCACCUCCUGGGUGACCGGAGCCUUCCCUUCCAUCAGCACGUGACCCCGUGAAAUUACUGGACCUCAGACUUGAGUGGAAAGCCAGAUCUGAAAUACUCCACUAAAUAGAAAGGGCUUAGUUCGCCAAGGAAAAUGAACUGUCGUCAUCAAAUCGUGGAGGACCAUUGUGGCAUUAGAGGAACCAGAAGCAUAAUUGCUUCCAUGGGGUAAAGAGAAGAUUUACAGCUUCAGGAGCAGCCCAGAGACUGAAGAUCAGAGCUCUAUAAAUUGAAAAUUAGUGUCUCUAUAAAAGGCAGAUCAAUUAAAGACUCUAAGUCUUCCAUUAAGAUAUGUGUAAUAAAGAGGGCUGAACGUGGAUGAGGAGGCGAGCAGAGCCCGAGGAGGACCUGGGGACUGGCCCUCUGCGCUUGUCCAGUGCGGCCGCCCUGCUCCCUGCAAGCUCCUCUCCAGCCGCAGGGCUGGCUCGGCACCGCCUGCCUGCCCGAGACCCCCCGGCCUUCCUGUAGUAAUGGCUCAUUCCACGUGCCUGGCUUUUCUUGGUGAGCCUAGCAAUGAGCGGGAAACCCGAGCUUGUCUGCUGGAAAAUGAAGGACGUGGGUAAGAAGAGACACUAGUAAAUAGUAAUGGAUGAGUGAGUGAGGAGAUAAUUACAUCAAGAAGGUCAGUGACAGAUGACAGGGGAGUCCUUCAUUAGGUGACUCUAAUUCCUUGACUCUAUAGCAGGGCACACUUGACUUGCUUUGUUCCUAAAUCCGUUGUUCAGUCUUCCCAUGGUCCUUGUAAGAAAGGUACUUCCGGCGGAGAGUUCAGAAACGUAGAAGAGCAGAGGGGAACGGAAGAUGAAACGGCCGCGACCCCCGCUCGUGGCUAGCAGAGCUGUCGCGGGGAAGGGCCGUGUGCCCAGAGGGGCCGCUGCCUUGUCGUUUUGCCGUGACUCACCGUGUAGGGCGCAUUUAGGAGAAUAUGCUCAUCCAGUCAAGGCUGAGAUGGGGCAGAACUGCCGGUGUGAAUUGCCUGAAUUAGUGUUAGCUGUGUGGUAACAUGAAAUUUACGCAUUUGCUUAAUAAAAUCUUUGCUGGACCGGUCAUUGCACUUAGUCGUUGGCUCUCUCGGUUUUAUUGCCUCGAUGGUAGCGUGUAACGUGACCUUGUAUAGUGUCCAUCUUGCAUGACUUGAACAAAUGUUUUUAAUCAAUUAGUUAGGGGAAAGGGCACGAUGUUAUCGCCAUUAUGUAUUGAAAUGUUAAGCCGUGGCUAUUUACAGUGUUCAGUAGUUUGCAAUAUUGUGUAAUUAGUAAUUAAAUCAGAGACAAUAUUUGGUUCGAGUGAGUAGAUGCAACUUCUCUUGUACGUUCUCUAUACCGUGUGUGAAGUGGAUACCGAGUGUUCAGUGGGUUAGUCCUCUAUUAAAGUAUUAAGGUACAGAAAACAAUAAAAAAAUUGCAUGCUGCUCUGA